CUGCCAUCCACACACACACACACACACUCCCCAAAACACACACGCACACUCGCCCUCCAACCCUGCCAGCCGCCUCACAUCCAUCUUCACACUCUCCUGUUAAUGUUUAUUUGCUUAUGUUUAUUUAUUGUCCAUCCUGGAAAUUAAAAACACGCUGGAAAAGAAAAGGAAAAAAAAUAAGACAACACCAAUAACAACAACAACAAACAACAACAAAAAGGAUUAUUAUUCAUUUCUGAAUGACGGGCGGCCGGUUCGACUUCGACGAUGGCGGCACUUACUGCGGCGGCUGGGAGGGCGGGAAAGCGCACGGGCACGGCGUGUGCACGGGGCCGCGCGGCCAGGGCGAGUACAGCGGCGCGUGGUCUUACGGCUUUGAGAUAGUCGGUGUCUAUACAUGGCCCAGCGGCAACACGUACCGGGGCUACUGGGCGCACGGCAAGCGGCACGGGCUCGGCGUGGAGCGCAAAGGACGCUGGGAGUACCGAGGUGAGUGGAGUCACGGGUUCAAGGGCCGUUACGGAGUCCGCCAGACCCGGGAGUCACCCGCCAGGUAUGAUGGCACCUGGAAUAACGGACUGCAAGACGGAUACGGGGUGGAAACCUACGAGGAUGGGGGUACAUAUCAGGGUCAGUGGAUGGGUGGGAUGCGUCAUGGUUACGGCGUGAGACAGAGUGUCCCGUACGGCAUGGCCAUGACCAUUCGCUCCCCUUUGCGAACUUCUCUAUCGUCUCUACGAAGCAUGCAGAGCAACGGUGCUGUGCUGCUGCAGGAUGAGGCCUCUAACGUGCCGGCCAACACACGAGGCGGCUUCGUCUUAAAUGUCUACGGUAAGAAGAAAAAACACCCUUUGGUCCGGCGCGGGUCGUUGUUCGGGAGCCUCCGUCAGCUCCGCAAGUCUGAAUCGAAAAGUUCCGUUUCGAGCAAGCACAGCUUGACACGCAGUUCCCCCAUGAGCCGAAUCAGCUCGAGCGACAUCGAGGACGAGGACAAGACGGACACCGAGGACAUUGUAGACACAGAGGACAAAAUGGACGCCACGGUCACGGAGUCCUACGCAGGAGAGUGGAAAAACGACAAGCGAAGCGGCUUUGGAGUGAGCGAACGCUCCGAUGGCACCAAAUACGAAGGGGAGUGGAUGAACAACAAGCGGCACGGAUACGGCUGCACCAUUUUUCAGGACGGAACCCGGGAAGAAGGGAAGUACAAACAUAACACGCUGGUCCGAGGGAUAAAGAAGCAACUCAUUCCACUCAAAAAUCCCAAAACCAAAGAGAAAGUGGACAGAGCAGUGGAGGGGGCAAGGAGAGCAGCCAACGUCGCCAGAACCAAAGUGGAAAUCGCUGUGUCAAGGACAACCCAUGCCAGAACAAAGAGUGAAUCAGCAGACCAGGCUGCAGUUGCUGCUGACCAGGAGUCAGAUCUUGCAAGGGCUAUAGCAAGAGAAUUAGCUCCUGACUUCCAGCAACCAGGCCUUGAGUACAUCAAGCAAAACUUCACUGAGCACGUGGAGGAGAUUAAAGAAGCUCCACCAAAGGAGGAGAAGAAGCAGAAGAAAGAGAAGUCUUCGACGGGCAGUCCUUUUUAUCGCCGCGGCACGACUCCAUCGCACUCGCCUGCUCACAGCGCGACUCCCUCACCUCCAUUAUCACCGACGAAGAAAAAUCAACAAGCAAGUACUGGUGUGACACGAAAGAUUAGCAAGGAAAGCGCUACCGCAACCCGUAAAAUUAGCAAAGACAACAGUGCUAUAUCCCAUAAGAUUAGCAAAGAGGAGAGAGCCACCACUGUAGCCGAAAUUAGCAAAGUCCCUAGCGUCAAAAUUCAAGAUACCGCACCGCCAAAGCCGCCUAAGCUCAACGAACCGAGGGUAAACGGCCAAUUACACACUGCUUAUCAUAGCUAUUACGUGAAAACACAGAAGAACAUCCCUCCGCCAGAGGAGCCGGAGGAUGAAGAGCCUGAAAUGACUCAGUCCAGUUUAGCACGAAUGCCACCACCUCCGAAGUCAGUGCCGUCACCCACACCAAAACUAGAGACAACGCUCAGGAAACAAGAAAGUGUCAAACCAAAGAGUCUCGCUGAAACCAAGAAAGCCAGUGUGGAGAUCGCGAAUGAGGUGUUAGAAGAUAAUACGGGUCCGAACUCUAUUUUAGUUGCCAUGGUGAUGCUCUUGAAUAUCGGAUUGGCCAUCAUUUUUGUACACUUUUUGACAUGAUUGCGCUGUGUUUCAGUCAUGGAAAUAACACGGUGUUACAUUAAACCGGCGCUGGUCCUUGGCCGUGGGAGCAACAGAGGAAGUUUUGGAAAAUAAGAACGCCUUUGGAGGACGACGUUACCGUUCAUGGCCCGUUUAGCCGUGUGAAAGAUUGACUGUUCGGAAGAAAGAAAAAAAAAGAAAAGAAAAGCAACAAGAAAUAAGGAGAGGUGUGUGUGUGUGAGAGAGAGAGAGAGUGCGCUGUUAGGGUGUGCUGAUCCUAGCUGGCCGCUCUGUGUGGAAACGUUCAGUGCACUUUUACAUGACAGGCACAAACAGCUGCCUCGUUUCUUUCCCGUCUGUCUUUUUGGGUUCGGAGAUUUAUGCUCGGUGCCAGAGGAAUGUGUUCAGUGGACUUUCCACGCUAGUCAGAGAAAAACGAACACGCCAUCGGCCUCCAUCGCCGGUCUUAUAACAUUACACAAGCGUUACUGUGGGUAGGCAUGUGCUCAAUAUAAUCACAGUUUUAUGAUAUUACAAAUAUUUUUUUUUUUAAAUAUUGCUUUUAAUAAGUGACUUUUUCAUUACUUUGCAAAUAUUAUUUAUCAGUCCAUAUUCUCCAGACUUUAUCAUAGGCAGGAAGUGUUACACAUGACGAUAUUAUAAUGUGUGUUAAAUAUCGCGAUAUAUCAUAUAAUUGAUUAUCAGCACAUGUCUAUCUGUAGGAAAACGGUAGCAUUUCAUUCAUUUUUCUCUGUUGUCCUCAUGCGCUCAGACACGGAUGUAUUUCAGUUCUCCGUCAAUUUUUGCUCUUUAUAAAAUUUUUCAGAAAGAAGUUGUAUAAAAUGUGCAAUAUGAGUUUUUAAUUAUUUUUUUUUUAUUUAUUUUUUUUUUUUCUUCAAAAUGAUAUAUCGCACCAUCCAAGGGCUUUUAGUCAACAGCUCACUUUGUUCCGCAAUUGACAAAAUUACAGAAGAAUAAAAGGAAAUGAAAACGCUAUGACGAUUAAGAUGGAGAGUCUACUGUAAUAAGAAUCGCCAUGCGCACAGCCACAUGGGUGAAUAUUGUUUACUAAAGUGUAAAGGAGGUGAAAACGUUUAUCCUGUAUGUAUUUGUGAAUCGAGCAUCGCUCAUCCUGCAUGCAGUUUCUUUGAUUUGGUGCAUUGACGUUCAUGCAAAUGACCAGGCACGUGCCGAUAAUCGCCUAACAUCGUAUCACGAUUUACAUUGUAUUAAAAAAAAAAAAUUAACUACUAAUGUUUAAACUGUUCCUCUGAAUGAGGAUAUAUUGGUUUAUUUUAUUAUAUAUAUAUAUAUAUAUAGCGACACCAUUUUAGGGAAUGAAACAAAGAAUAUAAGAACUACGUCUUCAAAGCCAACCUUAAAAUAAUUCAUGAAAUAAAAUAAAUAACAAUUUCGCCACCAUGACGUUUCCGAAUGCUGCAUAUUACAGUAUCGGUUCAAAGCGCAACAAGUGAAACCCAUAUAAAUACACAAAGUCGCAUCACUUCCGUCGAUGCUCUUUUAAUAGCAAUUUCGAAUGAUAUCAUAUAAUCGAUUAUCGGCACAUGCCUACGAGUGAGAAGUAGAUGAAAAAUUAUUUUAGGUAAAAAAAAAAAAACGAUGUUUUAAGUAAAAAAAAAAAAAAAGUUCUGAGCUUUGUUUGCAUGUUAGAAAACAGAAUCUUCACAAUUCUUUGUUUGGUGUUGAAUUAACCCUUUCAGACCUGUUUGUUUUUUUCUAAACACUGUUGAAAUUCUUGAAAAUCUACCAUUUCACACCUCAUUCUUAAUGUUGAUGUCACAGAACAUCAGCAUCGGCGGUCAAAACGUGUCAAUUUACUACAUUUCCUCCUGAAUUUCUGACAUCUUCGAUAUCUCCAUCAGGGUUCGCUUCAGAACGACGCCGAUGGGGACAAGGUUCAGUUCUGAUCGGUCACGCGCUAGAGGUUUAACAGGCAACGAGUGAAAUUAUUCAAUGCAACAAUUAUAACUUCGAUAUUAUCAAAGAGGGACAAACAACUGAUGUGUAAAAAAAUUAAUUCAUAUUUAUAAACUGACGUAUAAAUAAUUGAAUCAGCCAGCCAGGUGUUUUGCCCGUAACUUCUUGUACAUUUUCUCCCCAAUUUUGUCAUUUUGCCAAGUCCCACCCACUAGCAGUCUCUCCCCUGUUAAAAACAGCUACCAGUGGGAAGGGUAAAGGCUAUUACGUGAUUCCUCUGAGACACGUGAAGCCAGCUAAACGCAUCUUUUUGAACUGCUGUGCAUGGUAUGUCACAGGGCAGCGUAACAGCCUCAGAGGAAAGACCUAUCUGCCCUCUUCCACAUACUUGACCUCACAGACGCUCGUGAUUGGCUAGAGUCACUGUUGCACCAUCUGGGAGCCGUCGUUCAUCAUCUUGUUUUGCGAUUUCAAGGACAGGCCUACCCCAGAUUCUCAACAAAGUUCAUCACAUAUCGAUUGGAAGCUACUGGAUCGGAUCGGAUCGGGAUCGUAGUAUCAUCAAAUAUCGAAAUCAUUGCCUUAUGAAAUUACGGAAUUGCGUCAUAUCGUGUGUAAGCCUGAGAUUUACACCCGUAUUACCCGCCAACUCAUCAGAUUUUAUACAUCGGAAAACUUUUACUGGAGAUGUACGUUAGAUCCAAAUUCCUGAAUCACGUAAUGGACACCGGGUGUGAAGGGGUUAAUUCAGGUAUUGUGAUACACUGACUGAUGGAUGUGUUGCGAUUAAAGAGUCUUUAACUACUGUUUACCUCAGAGGAAUGGGAAAGAAGAAAAAGGGACAGAGAGAGAGAGAAAAAAAAAAAGAAACAGGUCUUGUCUUAAUGUUUUAGUAAGGGAACACUACAUUGUGCCACUGUUUUGUUUCAUUAUUGCUGGCACAGAGUGGUGAAUUUAUUGGACUUAUUACCAAAUCUGUGUGCAUUUAUCAUAUCAAAGAAGGCUUAUUUAUUCUAUAAUUAGUAGUGCAUCGGUAUUUUUUCAAGACACGAAUGGAAAAAGGGCUUACAUAGGCUAUGCUGUAUUUGUUUUUAUUUCUGCCUCGCAUCGUUCAUUCAAAAUCCACUACGUACCACCAUUACGUCCGAUAUUUUAAUAAGGCUGUCUCUUGCGGCGUACAUGCACUACAGUCCAAACCGACCGCACCACCAAACAAAUAUGCCGUUUUAUUCAGUUGAGACUGGAAGGUCGAUCGCUUUUGAGCUUUAUUAUACACCAUCUCUUCUAGCGCGCUGUGUAUGCAAAAUGUGUUACUUUACUCACAGUCGCUUGCUAGCUCCUCAGUUUAGGCAAACACGCAACGCAGGGAUAUUGAAUAUAACUGUGCCUCCUGAAUACUAUGAUGUAUUGUACCACUGAUGAUCAGUAUAAACCUACGAUAUAUAUAUAUAGCUCCAGAAAUUUUAGGGCAGUCAAGUAGAAAUAUAUACAUAAUUAAAUGAAAUUGUAUAAUAUAAAUUCUAUAUAUAUAUAUAUAUAUAUUUAAAAAAAAAAAUUCUAAAUAGGUUUACAAGAAAAAUAUCAGAAUGAUGAAUAUAGGCUACUAAACGUUCAAACUACGUAUGUACAGAAAAUAAAAAAAAACUAUUUUUAUGGUAUUUUACAUAUCUAAAUCAUUAACUAUAAAGCAUUACAUGGUACUUAUUUCUGCCAGAUUCGUUUUGCCUUUUUUCUUUUCUUUUUUUUUUUAAUGAUCAUUUUUGUGAGUAUGUGUCGCGCAGCAAACCUUUUGCAAUGUACAUGGCCUCAUGUUCAUGUUUUCCCGGUCGAGUUAGCAUUUUACUAACUGAUCAAAGGGCAGAAUUAUUUUUCUAAAAUGAACAGCUAUUGCACAAAGAAAACAUUUAUAAACGACAGUUUUACUCUCUUUUUACAAAAGGUUAGUCCGUAACCCAAGUCGGUAUUUUUCUAACGUUUUGCACAUUUAUUUGAUGGGUGAAUGACUUAAUAAUCAAUUGUGUCGCACAUUUUUGAAAAAACCAAACAAAACAAAACAAAAAACAACAACAACAUACAUUUGAUUCAACUGAUUAAUAAUAAAAGCUGCAAGGAACCUUUAUUGUAGAUAUAUUCUACCACUGAAAGAGAAGAAAGGUACGACUUUCGGUAUUUGAAGCACGUUUAAGCCCCAGUGACAUUUGUACUCUGGAGAUUGUAAUAAAGAUGAUCUGUGUAUAACAAUAAAAAUGUUAUGCAUCAAAA